AUGGACAUCAUAAAGGACUCUUUCCCAUAUGGUUCUCUACUUUUGGAUGUGUAUGAUGGAGUUAAUCGAAUAAAGGAAAGUGUUGUGUUCUGGACUGGUUCUGAUAAGAGAGUGCAAAAGUUUGAAGGUGUAGCUAAUCAAUUAGCCUCCGGUUACAAAAGGAAAUUAACCCUUGAUUGUAAAAUUCGUUGGAAUUCAACAUAUGAAAUGCUUUGUGUUGCUAUUAAUUAUGAGGAAGUGUUUGCUGUUUUAAGUGGUCGAGAUAAACUAUACAAAAACCCACCAACUCCUGAAGAUUGGGAAAAACUUGGGAAAAUAUGUGAGUUAUUGGAAGUGUUUGCUAAACUUACCCUUGAUUUCUCUGCCUCAAAAACUCCUACGGCUAAUAUUUGCUUUUCUAAAAUUUGCAAACUUAAAAUUACUUUAUCUACUUGGCUUUCAUCUCCAUAUGAUUAUGUUGUGAAGAUGGCGAAAGUAAUGUUAGAGAAAUAUAAGAAAUAUUGGGAUAGUAUGAAUGGUUUGAUGGGAGUUGCAACUAUACUUGAUCCUAGGUAUAAAAUGGCUCUUAUUCGAUUUUAUUUUGCAAAGUUAUUUGAUAAAUAUGAGUAUGAUAGAGAGGUUAGUAGAAUUAGCAAUCUAUUAAGGAGAUUAGUUGAUGAAUAUGAGUCUAGGAGUGAGAAUACUCAAAGUAAGAGGCAACUACCUUCCAAUUUAGCAAGUGGUGGGAGUUCUUGUGAUGAUGUUGAUAUGGAAGAGUUUGCACAAUUUCUAGAGCGAGACAAAAUCAAACUUAUGAAAAAUCGUAUUUGGACAACUUUUAGCACAAGUGGUAGAGUUCUUGAUCCUUAUCGUAGUCGACUACUACCUCAAGCCGUUGAAGCUUUAAUGUGUUCUCAAAAUUGGAUUUGGGCUGCCCUCAAAAAUUUUGGAGAAUUCAAGGACAAGAAUUUUGCUAAAAUUGUUGGAGAGUUGGAAGAAGAAUGCGAAAUGAAAUUUGAUAGUGAUGAGAUUAUUCUGGAUUGA